AAGGAGCGACCGUAGCGACCAGUGAUUUUAAGGAUAAGAUCGUUUAUAGAACAAUCAAAGCUGUUAUAUGAUUCAAUGCCAAAAGCAAAGUACGCAGGGAUGUAUGAUUUUACGUUACCAUCAAUAAUGAUACGGGAUCUUGAACUCAUCAAAGAAAUUGGAAUUAAACAUUUUGACAAUUUUGUGGAUCAUAAACCAUUGGCCAAUCCAGAACUCGAUCCACUUUUUGCAAAAAAUCUCUUUUCUUUACGCGGGAACAAAUGGCGAGAAAUGCGAGCUAUCUUGAGCCCCGCCUUUACGUCGAGCAAAAUGAAAAUGAUGUUUGAGCUAAUGUCCAACUGCGCCAACGAAUUCGCAGAUUUUGUGACAACACAACGUGAUACAAACAUCGUGGAAAUCAGGGAUGCUUUUUCGAGAUAUACGAACGACAUAAUUGCAACUACAGCCUUUGGAAUAAGCAUAAAUUCUAUGAAGGAGCGCGACAAUGAAUUUUAUAAAAUGGGCAAGGACGUGACAACCUUUGGAUUUUUUAACUCUAUGGUAUUCAUGAUAGGCCAGGUAAAUCCGAAAUUGACAAAAUCAUUAAAAUUGAGAAUAAUUAAUCAACGGGUAUCAAACUUCUUCGAAGACAUCAUUACGUCAACUAUUGCUACGACAAUCGCUCAGAAGAUUGAAAGACCAGAUAUGUUGCAAUUAUUGAUACAGGCCAAGGAAUCUGGAAAAGCUGCAGAUUUGACUAUUCAGGAUAUGACUGCGCAAGCAUUUAUAUUUUUCUUUCGUGGAUUCGAUACAGUAUCACUUGCCAUGUGCUUCACUGCUUAUGCAAUUGCUACUAAUCCUGAAGUUCAAGAGAAGCUGCAAAUGGAAAUUGAUCAAGUUCUUAAAAAAUCUAACGGCAAGAUAACUUACGACGAUCUGAAGGAAAUGCAAUAUCUCGAUGCAGUUUUUAAUGAGACACUGAGGAUGUAUUCGCCAGUUGCGGAAUUAAACAGGGAGUGUACAAAAAGUGUUGAACUCCCUCCAGCUACACCAGGCGCGAAGCCAUGUACCGUAAAACCUGUCACUCAAAUAAUUAUUCCCGUUUAUGGCAUUCAUCAUGAUCCCCAAUACUUUCCCGAACCUGAUAAAUUCGAUCCUGAAAGAUUUUUAGACGGUAGUGAGAGAAUGACUCCUUCUGCAUAUUUGCCCUUUGGAAUUGGCCCAAGAAUUUGCAUUGGAAAUAGAUUCGCAAUAAUGGAAUGUAAAUUAGUCCUCUUUCAUUUAUUAAAGAAAUAUAAUUUUAGACCAUGCGAGAAAACAACUGUACCUAUGAAAUUUAGUACAAACAGUGUCCUGCCGGGCCCUGUGAAUGGCUUUUGGAUAAAAAUCGAAUCAAGAAAAUAAAUUAUAUUCGUAUAACUGUA